AUGACUGUACCGUACAAAAGGAAACAUGAUACGGAUUCUUUAUUCGAUGCGAGGAAUGGGGGUGAAGGCGUGUCAGAGUAUAUGUCACAACUAUUGAUCAACUCAUCUGAUCAACCCAGAAAAAGAAGAACAAUGACUCAGGUCUCUAGAAGAAAUGAAGACGAAAGCAGAUCAGAAACGGAUUCCAUCUCAGGCGCUGAUUCGGAUUCUGAUGGAGAAUCAGAUGAUGAUGAUGAUGAUGAGGACGAGGACGAGGAUGAUGAAGAGGAUGAAGAUGAGGACGACGUUAGUUCAGAUCCUGCCAAGGCAGGAGUUAUUGAGAAAUUAACUUUGAAGAACUUUAUGUGUCAUGAUUCAUUUGAAUUGAAAUUGGGACCACAGUUGAAUUUUAUUAUUGGAAGAAACGGAUCAGGAAAGAGUGCGGUUUUAACUGGUAUAUCUGUAGGGUUAGGUGCCAAAGCAACUGAUACAAAUAGAGGAAGCACCAUCAGAGAUUUGAUCAAAGAUGGGAAAUCUACUUCUCGAAUUACAGUGGUUCUUAAGAAUGAAGGAUCUGACGCGUACAAACCAGACGUUUUCGGAAAGAAAAUCAUUAUUGAAAGAAAAUUACAAAGAUAUGGUUCAAACACAUAUAGCAUUAAAAAUGACGCAGGGAAAGUGGUGUCAAACAAAAAAAGUGUUUUAGAUGAAAUUCUUUACAAGUUUUCAAUUACUAUCGAUAACCCACUUGCGUUUUUGUCUCAAGACAAAGCCAGAGAGUUCUUGACAUCAUCAAGUGAUAAAAACAAAUAUGAAUAUUUUAUGGAUGGGGCAUUUAUCACUGAUAUUCUUGAAAACUAUACAGGGAUUUCCAACAAUGUUCAAGAGUUGGAUAAUAAAGUGCGUCAAGCUGAAGCAUAUACCAAGGUUGCUAAGCAAGAAUACAAAGCCAUCGCAAAAGUCCAUAAUGCACAUAGGACAAAUGAUGCAUUGAGAAACAAAUUGGAAAUGUUGAAUGCCAAGAUCUAUUGGUUCAAUGUUCAAACCAUCGAGAAAAAAAUCAGCCAAGAAAAUCGACAAGAAGAUGCCUGCUUGCAAGAAAUUAAAGAGGCCAAAAACCAGGUUGAUGCAUGUGAAAAAGCAAUUGAGGCCAAAAUUCCUAGAAAGAAUGCUGCUGAUCAGGAAGUUAAACAAGUGGAGAUCCAAAUAAGAGACAUAGUAGAAGAAUUUGAGCAACUUCGAAGCAAAAGAUCUGAGAUAAAAUCAGAAUUAGAAAUUAAUAAAAAGGAAACGAAAAAGAAUAUUGACGAAAUGAAUAGUUUGAAAGAAGAUAUUUCUAGGACUGAGACUAAAAUAGAGCAAGAGAGAAGAAAGAUCCAGGAAUUACAAGGUGGUAACAAAGAAAAAAUUGCUGAAGAAUUGGAACAGUUAAACUCAGAAAUUGAUGAAUUGGAAAAACAAAUGGAAGACUUGAAAAAGCAACUUGGUCAAAUUCAAAGUAACCCUGAUCCAGAGUUAAGAUCUGUUAGUCAACAAAAGGACAAAUCAAAACAGAAAAUUGCCGACUUACAAAACCAAAAGCGGCAAUUAGAGAAAGAGUCGGUAUCAAAAUAUUCACCUUGGGGUCCUCGUAUGGUUGAAUUAGUACGCGCAAUUAAAAGACAUCCUGAGUGGGUACAAGAGCCAAUCGGCCCCAUUGGUAGUUACAUCCAUGUAAAGAACCAAUAUAAUAAUUGGAAACCUUUGUUGUCUACCAUUUUGAGCAAAACCUUAGACUCAUUUAUUGUCACCAAUGAAGGUGAUAGGAGCAGGUUGGACAGAUUGCUCAAGCAAUAUCAAAUACGUAGCAACAUUAUUGUCAAGAAAACAGAAAGAUUGAACUACGCUUCUGGUAAAGCUGAUUCUGCAUACACUACUGUUUUAGACAUGUUAAAUGUGGAAAAUGAUACUAUUUUGUUUGCUUUGAUCGAUAUAAACUCCGUUGAAAAGAAUGUUAUUGUACAAUCAGCCAGUGAAGCAAGAGAGUCGUGCAGGAGAAGAAACGUUCAGAAUUCUUUGGUUCUUUUCAGAAAGGAUUCAGGUCAUAGAAUGAGUUAUCAAAAUAACACGUUUAGACAAGAUCCUAUAUACUACCAAAAUGGAAUGGCCAAGUUUGGUGUGGCUAAUAUGUCUGACUUGAUAAGUGAUAUACAACUUCAAUUGGAUGAGGAACAUAGGCAUCAGAAUGAUUUAGAAAGACGGGCCAGAAGUAUAAAAAUGAAGUUGGAUGCCAAAAGAGAUGGUCUUUUAUCUGAGUCUCGUGCCAUGAAGAGAAACUUGGAUCAAUUAAAGAAGAACCGGAGUACUUUAGAAGAUCAAUUAGAAGUUGAAGUUGAUUAUUCGAAUAUCACCACGUUGGAAACAAGAAUAGAAGAUAACAAUGAACAAAUUCGUAGAUUGGUUGCUUUGAACGAUGCUUUGUUAGAGAAUCUUUCCGAGAUGAAUGAAAAUUUCAAAGAUUUGAAACUGAAAAUUGAUGAUUGCAAAUUUAAGAAAAAUAAACAUGAAGUUAUCCGAGAAAAAUUUGUGAAACAAUUAGUUGACAUUGAAACCGAAAUUGAAACACAAGAGGAUCUUAAGAAGCGCUAUUUAUAUAAGAUAACUGAAUUGGAGGAUAGAAUCAAAAGAGCUGAUGAUAUACUAGUUGAAGGGUUUCAAAAAUUGGAGGAGUUUGUUGCCAAAGCUGAAGAGCAUUGCAGUAGAGACAGAGUUACCAUAUACCCUAAUGAUACCCAAGAGACAAUAGCACAGGAUUAUCAAGAGACUCGUUAUGAUUUAGAAAGGGCAGAAAGUGCUCUUGGGACUUCUUUGGAAGAGGUCUUGGAUCAAUUAGAGAAAGCAAAGGCAAAAUGUGACAAGGCAGAGGAGGAAUUAGAGACUUUGAGUUCCACUUCUAGAAAAUUAAAUGCAGAAGUCAAUGCUAGAUUCAAUUUUUUACACACUACAAUUCAAUCUUCGAUUCAAGAGGCAAAGAGAACUUUUGAAAAAGCCAUGUGGUUGAGAGGAUUCCAAGGGACUUUGAAAUUCGAUUUUGCAGAAAAGACAUUACAAUUGAAUGUGCAAACUGGUAAUGAUGAAAAGAAACGUACAGUUGAAUCGUUAUCUGGUGGUGAAAAAUCGUUUUCUCAAAUUGCGUUAUUAUUAUCUAUUUGGAAAGUAAUGAAUUCUCGUAUUAGAGGUUUAGAUGAGUUUGAUGUUUAUAUGGAUUCAGUCAAUCGUUCUAUCAGUAUCAAGUUGUUGUUGAAAGAAUUAAAGAGAUAUCCAAAAUCACAGAAUAUUUUCAUCACUCCUCAGGAUAUUGCUGUUGUUGGAGAAUUAAAUGAUAAAGGAGUGAAAAUCCAUAAAAUGUCUGCCCCAAGAGAGGAAUAA